AUGGUGGUGACAAUGAUCCUGCUCGUCUUCUUUUUGGUCAUGCAACUUUCCAGCACAUGGUGGACCGACGAAGGCACAGACUCGAAUCUGUUCCUUAUCUGUGCAUUCUGGGAUUUCUCGCUAACAGAUUCUUCAUUCGAACUUAUUUUGACUCGAGGAUAUGUCAUCGUUGUCAUCUUGUUUGCACACUAUGAGAAAGUCGUCACACUUUAUUCGGAUUUGGGACGCCUCCCACAAGGCGAAGAUAUGAUUACUAAGAAACGGCUGAUAAAAUAUAAGGUCAAGGAUUUUGAUUACAGGGUCCAAGCCUACAAGAAACAGGCACGAUAUCUCAUCGUACAAAACCCGUCAUGGAGAAGAACCUACCAGUCAUUUGUUCUGGUCGAGUCAUUCGCCUUCCAUGAAACCCACGACUCGCGUCUCUGGCAGAUUGCGGAGCUGCUAUAUCAGAAUAUUUAUGGCGCCAUACUGAUAUUCUUUUACCGAAAUCAACACGAUGGCACAGUGGGUCGCUUCAACACGAUGGGCUUUGGUUAUCAGGAUGCCUUAGAAGAGGUCACCCCGCAGAGCGUCACGACGCAAGCGACAGGAACGGGUGGCUCUUUGCACGAACCAGGCAGACCAGAGUCUGUGACUGACAGUGGCGUUGAUAACCAGGAACCUCAGGAAGUUGUUUCUCAAGGAUCAGGGCAUAUGGCCUUUGAGGCUACGAAUGCCUCACAAGGCCAGACUGUGAUAGAGCCUGAUUGCACGGAUGGUAGUGGCGAAGCAGAGUCUAUUGGUCCAUUACCUGAAGCCGAAAAUCCCGGACCCGCUGGGGCCGACGAGGUCAAUGGAGAGCAUCAAGCUCUCGUGGAAGCGGAAAGCGACCUUCGAGAUCAGAUUCGCCAAGAAUUGUUCAAUCACCAAACGCCUGUGGGCGCUGGUGUGGCUGAAGCUGGUGGGUUGCCGGACUUGGACAACGUCACGCUGAGAUCACUCCACCGGGCUCCAGCAAGGAACCAAAAUCAACAGAUACAGGACAGGCGCUCGCCAGAAACAAGUACAGGUGUUUCUUCCGGCAAUGCUCUCAGUCGAUCCGUCACCGGCCUGGGAGAACCUUGGGCGCCAAAGAGGAACGACACUGAAGCAUGCGUGGGCAUUUCAACUUCGGGUGAAGAAGAGCUUUCCAAUGCGAUGCAAGCAAACCCAAAGUUGCUGCUUGCUCGUUUCAUUCGAGAGGAUCCGUUCGAAAUUCGGGAAGUCCGCAGAGCCAUCUUGACUUACACUCUGUCAUCGUGGUACUUCAGGCUAUUGCAGCUUGUGCCACCCACUUACUCCUUGGCAUUGGGGUCUUCUUGUUCACGACAGUGUUGGUUCUGA